AGCAAGUGGUUAGUAUUUAGUGAUGUAAUGUGGCAAGAUCCAAGACUAGUUCAAGACUAGACCUCAAAUGUGUUUUAUUUCAAUUUAUGUAAAUACGUUACCAGAUUUUCUUAAUACAGCCAGUGAGAGUAAGUCUGCAAAUAAUGUGUUUUCUUAAUGAGAGUUUUUGAGCCAAUGAAGGCACAGAUAAUCUCAUUGUGCCAUCCAGACCUCGUGUUAAAUUUCAUGAGAUUUUAGAGAAGUCAUGUGUAAUACUUUCCUGUGGGUUGAGCACACUUAUAUUACAGUUGUACAAGGUCAGACCUUAAUUUAACUAGCAACUGUGUAUUUAAUUUUAGAAAUAUCACAGGACACCUCAGCUUGCAGGGCGCUAUUCCUGGCUGUUCGAAAGGCAGGCCCAAGAGUAACAGUGACAAGAUAAUGGGUUGAAAAGCUCAUCAUUCCAUAAUAAAUAAUGGACGAAAGUGAAGAUUUGGCUGAACACCUGCUCACUGAAUAUGCCAUACAGCUCAGCAUUCAAGAAUCAAACACAGCCAAGCCACCAGGAUCUUCCAGCUGUAACGACAGAUUUUUACCACCUAGUGAGGAAAACAGGAAAAUUGUAACAGCCAUAAAGCAAGGUGAAGUUUUUGGGCUCCAAGACCUUGUGAAAAAGAAAUAUGCUUUGGAUGAAGCUGAUGAUAGAGGGUGGUUCCCACUGCAUGAGGCUGCAACUCAGCCAAUUCAGCAAAUACUUGAAAUCAUUUUGGAUGCAUCUUAUAAAACCAUGUGGGAAUACAAAACAUGUGAUGGAGAAACACCAUUAACUUUGGCAGCAAAAGCUGGCUUUGUGGAAAAUGUGAGAACAUUACUGGAAAAGGGUGUUUGGCCAAAUACCACAAAUGACAAAGGAGAAACUCCACUUCUUAUUGCUGUAAGAAGGCGCUCUUUUCAAAUGGUGUCUACUCUGAUUGAACAUAACUGUCAUAUCCACCAGCCGUGUGUGAGACGUUGGUCAGCAAUGCAUGAAGCUGCAAAACAGGGUUGCAAAGAUAUUGUUUCUCUUCUGCUGAAGAAUGGUGGAAAUGUGAACCUUAAGGAUGGAUAUGGGGUAACACCAUUAGGUGUUGCUGCUGAAUAUGGUCACUGCGAUGUGCUGGAGCAUCUUAUUCAUAAAGGUGGAGAUGUCCAGGCCUUAGCAGAUGACGGUUCAUCGAUACUGUUUGAAGCUGCUGGAGGAGGGGAUCCAGACUGCAUAGCACUUCUGCUGGAGUAUGGAGGAAGUGGCAAUGUGCCUAAUAAGGCAGGAUUGCUUCCCAUACACAAAGCAGCUUAUGAGGGACAUUACCUGGCCCUGAAAUAUCUCAUUCCAGUGACAUCCAAAACUGCAAUCCAGAAAAGUGGGUUAAGUCCCCUUCACUCAGCAGCAGAUGGCCAGAAUUUGCAAUGUUUAGAGCUCCUCAUUGAAAGUGACUUCGAUGUCAAUGCCCUGCUGGCUGAGCACAUUUCAGACAGUUACGAUGACGAAAGGAAAACGGCACUCUAUUUUGCUGUUUCUAACAAUGACAUUCUUUGCACUGAAAUAUUACUCAAAGCAGGAGCAAAUCCGAACAAGGAUCCUUUAAACUGUCUCCUUGUGGCAGUGAGAGCUGGUAAUCAUGAAAUAGUCAGGCUGCUCCUAUCCUAUGGAGCGAACGUCAACUGCUACUUUAUGCUGGUCAAUGAUACCCAUUUCCCCAGUGCCAUUCAGUAUGCCUUGAAUGAUGAGGUGAUGCUGAGGCUCUUGCUCAACCAUGGAUACAAUGUAGAAAUGUGCUUUGACUGCAUGCAUCAAGAUAUCUUUGGAAAUUCCUUUGUGUGGUCAACUCCAGAGGAAGAAAUUCUCCCAGGAUGGACUUCUUCUGUGAUUAAGGAUAAUCCAUUCUGUGACUUUAUUGCUGUUCCUUGGUUGAAACAUUUAGCAGGAAGAGUGGUUCGUAUUUUCAUAGAUUAUAUGGAUUAUGUUCCUCUAUGCACAAAAAUAAAGUUCGUUCUGGAAACCCAGAAGGAAUGGCCAGAGAUACGGCAGAUACUGGAUAAUCCUCGCUCACUAAAGCAUCUAUGUCGUCUGAAAAUACGUAAACUCAUGGGAUUAAGGAGACUCCAGAAACUGUCAACCACAAAGAAGUUUCCACUUCCACCAGUUCUAAAGAACUAUAUCCUAUAUAAAGAAUAUGAUCUGUAUGGAAAAGGGAUACAUUUAGAUUAGUUUUUAAAAAAUAACUGUAUACAAUCUGUUAUUUGAUUUCUUCACUAUU